AUGAGGGUUUGGGGGCCCCCAGCGAGACUUGGGGGGCCCCCCACUUGCUUAGGGGGCCCCCCUUUACCUUGGGGCCCUGCUGCUUCUGCCCAUCGUCGAGCAGCAGCAGCAGCAGCAGCAGCAACAGCAGCAACAACGGCAGCGGGGUUUCUCUCACGGUUCCCGCCCACCCACCUGCAGCAGCAGCAGCAGCAGCAGCAACAGCAGCAGCAGCAGCAGCAGCUGCUGCUGCUGCAUGCUGCUUGCAGCACCUGCAGCAGACGCAGAAGGCCCAGAAGACACAUGGAGGGGCCCCUGCAAGCUGUGGGGGCCCCCUGCAGCAGGGGGCCCCCCGAAGAGGCCCUUUUGGGUUUGAGCUUUCUUGGGGGCCCCCGGGGGGCCCCGGGGGCCCCGGGGGGCCCCCGAGGAGGCCUGGGGGCCCCCUUUGGGGGCCCCCUGUCCCCCCGCUUUUGCAGCUGCUUCACCUCUUCUGCCAGCUCCAAAAGCGCUGCUGCUGCUGCUGCUGCUGCUGCUGCUGCUGCUGCUGCUGCAAGGAUGAACACAGGGGGCCCCCCUGCCCCCUGCCCUGCUGCCCAACCCACAAAAGGGUCUCCAGAAAUACCCACAGGGGGCCCCCCCCCAGGGGCCCCCUCCAGGGGGGCCCCUACUAGAGGGGCCCCCUCCGCAGGGGCCCCCACUACGGGGGCCCCCACAGGAGGCCCCCCCAAAAAGGCCCCCAAGGGGGCCCCCAAGGGGGCCCCCAAAGAAACCCCCGAAGAAGUCCUCAAAGGGGCCCCCAAAAAGGCUUCCAAAAGGGCCCCCAAGGGGGCCCCCAAGGGGGCCCCCAAGGGGGCCCCCAAAGGGGCCCCCACCACAAGUCUCCCUGUUGUGGAAGUCCCCACGGGGGCCCCCACUACAGGGGCCCCCACCUCAGGGGCCCCUUCCCCGGGGCCCCCGCCUCUGGGGGCCCCAACUGAGGGGGCCCCCACUUCAGGGGCCCCCACCCAGGGGGCCCCCACCCAGGGGGCCCCCGGCCCCGGGGGACCCUCUGCCCUGGGGGCCCCCAGCAGGGGGGCCCCCACUGUGGGGACCCCCACGAGGGGGCCCCCCGGGGCCCCCACUAGGGGGCCCCCCACGAGGGGGGCCCCCACGCGGGGGGCCCCCACGGGGGGGGCCCCCAGCGAGGGGGCCCCCGGGGCCCCCAGUUCGGGGGCCCCCGCGGUGGGGCGUUUUCUGGUGGUGGAUGGGAGUUGUGUAAUGUUUAGAUGUUUUCAUGGAAUGCCUCAUUUGAAAAGUCGAGAAGGAGAAGAUGUGGGGGCCCUGUGGGGUUUUGUGCGGGCUUUGGCUCAGCUGCGGCGGCGGCUGCGGCCCUCGCACUUGGCCGUGGUUUUCGACCACCCCACCAGCCGCAAAGCCCGCAGGGCCAUCAGCCAUUCUUACAAGAGCCACAGGGGCCCCCCCCCGUUGGCUUUGGCGCAGCAGCUGCGCAGCGCCAAGUUCCUCUGUGCUGCACUCG